AUGAUGGAGCAGACACCUCCGUCCAGCAUGCCCUCGGUCAUCAAGGAGGAGCCCGUGCAGAGCUCCCCGAGCCGCCGGCAACGCGCAGCCGCCAAGGCUUCCGCCAACAACACUGUGGCUUCGUCGUCAGCUGCUUCGACCACUGGGACUCCUCAUGUAGAUUCUCCACAGCAGAAUAAUCAGCCCCAGGUUGCAAACAAUUCGCACCCGCGCUCUCAGGUGUCAGAUUCUCGCCUUAGAAGGUCCGAGGCUCCGACCCUUGCUAGCAGCAGGGUUCAUCCUCCGCGACCCAACUCCGUGGUCGGCACCGAGACAGUCGGUGCCAGCGACGUUCGUCUCCAGGAGAUCCGCCCUCGGCUCCCUGAGGCCCCCAUCAUCAGCCCUGAUGAUGCCCAGCAGACCAGCUUCACCGACAGCUUCGUGUCAAACGGUCUUCCGCUCAAAGAUAUUGACGAGAAGGUCACUGCUUUCAACAACGUCCUGGGCGAAUUGCAGCAUCUCGGCAUCCAGCAUGUCGCCAGCCUUCCAGAGCUCGUUCUCGUCGGUGACCAGAGCGCUGGCAAGUCCUCUUUGAUGUCCGCCAUUGCCGGCCUGAGCCUGCCGCGCAGCGGUGGCACAUGCACCAGGUGCCCCAUCCACAUUCGUCUCUCGAAGCGACCUCGAUGGUCUUGCCAGAUCCGGUUGCAACUCAACUACUACUACGAUGCUCCUCAAGAUACCGAGAUUGAGACCAGUGACGUGUGCGACGAGUGCCCAUUCCCUCCGUGGUUCGAACAGACUUGCGAGGUCAAGGAGUUCAUGACCAUAGAUGACAAGAACGAUACGGGUCUCAUCGAGAAGGCUCUGUCCUGGGCUCAAAUCGCCAUCCUCAACCCCAGCACUGACUACCGCCGGUUUAUCCCGGGAUCUGGUGAUUUCGCUAGGAAUGUGGACACCAGCGCUGUUUUGCCCAUGGAGGCAAAGUUCAGUCCUAAUGUCAUCGCCUUGGAGAUCCAGGGACCUGGCUUGGCCGACUUGUCUUUCUACGAUCUCCCCGGCCUCAUUGUCAACACUUCUGACGGCGAGGAUGAGUACCUCAUCAAAGUCGUGGAGAAUCUCACGAAGCAAUACAUCGAGCACCAGAAAGCCAUCAUCAUCUGGGCCGUUCCUAUGACCGCAGACCCCCAGACAUCGUCUACUUUCACUGUCAUCCGAAAGGCGAAUGCACUUAACCGGUGCAUUGGCGUCAUGACCAAGGCUGACCUCCUCCCACCAGGCUCGGGCAGCCAUACCCAGUGGUUGGAGAUGCUGGAGGGCAAGCGGCACAAGGUCAAGCUUGGAUACUUUAUCACCUCCCGCCGGACCAUCGGAACUGGGCCAAUCAACCUUGAAAUCGAGCACAAAGCUGAGGAGGCCUUUUUCAAUCGGUUCUCCUCGGACAAGGUUUGGCCGCGGGAGUUCCACCGCCACGAGGAUCGCUGCGGCGUUGAGCGCCUUAAGCGAUAUCUUAUUGAGCUUCUCUCCAAGUCCUUCCGCAAGAGCCUUCCAGAGCUUCAGAUGAAACUCAAGAGCCGUCUUCAGAUCAUCAAGCAGGAGCUUACCCAACUGCCCGAGCUGCCCCCCAACCCCGAGGCAGUCAUCCGCACGAACCUUGCGCGCUUCGAGGAGAACCUCACUCAACAAAUGCAAUCGCAGGACUUCGCAGCCAAGUGGGCGAGAAUCGCGGACAAGUUCCGCGCCAAUAUCCUAUUCCUGAAGCCCAAGUACAAGCUGAAGGUCGGCGCUCCAGCCUCCGACAAUGCCACGGACGACUUAGAAAUUGUCAGCAGCCGGAGCUUGGGCCAGUCUCCAGCUAGUGGCGUCAAGCGCCAGGCAUCAGUCGACCAUUAUGCCGACGCGCUGCCUGCGUCCCAGCGGCGACGGGGCGCGAACGGCGCCAUCAAGACCGAGGAGCACCCCAUCGGCUUGCCCAUCACGCCCAGCCGACGCGGCGGUGCGGCCACGACGAACCUGGCGACUCCGACAAGACGCAAGCGAACGGGUGCCACUCGUCCAGGCGGGCCUAGUAUGACGCUGGAAGACGUGCGCGAACUCAUCCGCCGGUGCAGCAAGCCGGGCAUGCCCAACACCGUCCCGGAUGAAGUCAAGGUGCGGCUCUGCAUGACCGCCGUCCAGCACUGGGAUGAGCCGCUCGAAGGCCUGCUUGAGAACUCCAUAGCGUUGCUGCAGAAUAAGCUCCUCAGCAUCCUUGGCCAGUCUCUCGGCAGCCUGUGCAACCGUCAGGUCUUCAAGAAGGCCACCUCCGUCAUCGACGGGUUCUGUCGCGAGAAGCGCAAGGAGCUCGGCGCCCAGCUCAUUCGACUCUACAAGAUAGAGAGCUUCCAGCUCUAUACGCUGGACAACGAGACCUGCCUCCGCCACGAGCACGCCGAGCGCCGCGUCCUGGGGCACAUCCGGCACCACUCGCGCUGGCAGGCGCACCAGGACAAGCUGGACGACGUCGACUAUCCUAAACCCGCGUCCUGGGAUCAUCUGACGGAGGAGCAGCGCGCUCAGGAGGAGGCCCGCAUGGCCAAGGAGGGUGCCAAGCUCGGUCCUGAUCCGUACGAGACGGAGCUCGGCGUCGCGGCCUACGUCCGCGGCUACUACCUGACCGCUGCGUGGCGCUUCAUUGACACGGUGUGCCUGAACUUCACCUCGGCACUUUUCCCCGAGGUUGCGCCGUCGAUGAUCCAGCUCAUGAAUGCCCAUCUUGGCAUCUCUGAUAGCACCGCAGAGGAGUCUAUCUGGAAGGACAUGAUGGAAGAGGAUGAGGAAGUCGCGAACCGCCGCCACGUGCUGCAGACCCAGGAGAAGACCUUUGAGGACGCCCUGCGCAAGAUCGAGCGGCUCGGGAUCGACAGCCACAGCACCAGCGGAGCCGACAUCAUCGACUCGGACGACGAAGACGUGACUUUUGGCGGCCGAGAGGCCUCGGUUGUCGACCUCUCCAUGUCGGAUGUCGAGUAA